GUUGAUGAAAGCAAAGGGAUUUGGAGAAAGGCAACACAGAGAUCAGAAGGUGAAGGGAAUGUGCCAGAUGUCAGAGUUCACCAGGAGAGCUCAGAGGGCCUCGGUGGUCAGUCUGACCUGCAGCAGCAAACAGACCUGGACUCCAUAUUUAUGCUGUUGCAGGAAAGCAUCGUCACUUUUGUAAAGAACGAGCUGAAUAAGUUUCAGAAGGUUCUGAGUCCAGAUUACCCAGAAUGCUUAGAGAGUCAGAGGAAGGAUGAGAAGGUUUUGGAUGGUGAGGAUGAGGAUGAAGAACAGAGGAGAAGGAGCAGAGAGGCAUUUCUGAAGAUCACACUGCACUUCCUGAGGAUAAUGAAGCAGGAGGAGCUGGCUGAUCAUCUGCAGAGCAGAAGUAAUUCUGGAGUUUGUCAGCGUAAACUCAAGACUAAACAGAAGAAAAAGUUUCAGUGUGUGUUUGAAGGGAUUGCUAAAGCAGGAAACCCAACCCUUUUAAAUGAGAUGUUCACAGAGAUCUUCAUCAUGGAGGGAGGAACUGCAGAGGUCAAUGAUGAACAUGAGGUCAGACAGAUUGAAACAGCGUCCAGAAAACCAGACAGACCAGAAACAAUAAUCAGAUGUGAAGACAUCUUUAAAACCCCACCUGGAAGAGAAGAACCAAUCAGAACAGUGAUGACAAAGGGAGUGGCUGGCAUCGGGAAAACAGUCUUAACACAGAAGUUCACUCUGGACUGGGCUGAAGACAAAGCCAACCAGGACAUCCAGUUCCUAUUUCCAUUUACUUUCAGAGAGCUGAAUGUGCUGAAAGAGAAAAAGUACAGCUUGGUGGAACUUGUUGAUCACUUCUUCAGUGAAACCAAAGAAGCAGGAAUCUGCAGGUUUGAAGAGUUCCAGGUUGUGUUCAUCUUUGAUGGUCUGGAUGAGUGUCGACUUCCUCUGGACUUCCACAACACUGAGAUCCUGACUGAUGUUACAGAGUCCACCUCAGUGGGUGUGCUGCUGACAAACCUCAUCAGGGGGAAACUGCUUCCCUCUGCUCGCCUCUGGAUAACCACACGACCUGCAGCAGCCAAUCAGAUCCCUGCUGAGUGUGUUGACAUGGUGACAGAGGUCAGAGGUUUUACCGACCCACAGAAGGAGGAGUACUUCAGGAAGCAAUUCAGAGACAAGAAGCAGGCCAGCAGAAUCAUCUCCCACAUCAAGACAUCACGAAGCCUCCACAUCAUGUGCCACAUCCCAGUCUUCUGCUGGAUCACUGCAACAGUUCUGGAUAAGGUGUUGAAGACCAGAGAAGGAGGAGAGCUGCCCAAGACCAUGACUGAGAUGUAUAUCCACUUCCUGGUGGUUCAGUCCAAACUGAAGAACAUCAAGUAUCAUGGAGGUGCUGAGACAGAUCCACACUGGAGUCCAGAGACCAGGAAGAUGAUUGAGUCUCUGGGAAAACUGGCUUUUGAGCAGCUGCUGAAAGGCAACCUGAUCUUCUAUGAAUCAGACCUGACAGAGUGUGGCAUCGAUAUCAGAGCAGCCUCAGUGUACUCAGGAAUGUUCACACAGAUCUUUAAAGAAGAGAGUGGACUGUACCAGGACAAGGUGUUCUGCUUCGUCCAUCUGAGUGUUCAGGAGUUCCUGGCUGCUCUUCAUGUCCAUCUGUCAUUCAUCAACUCUGGAGUCAACCUGCUGUCAGAAGAAGAAUCAACAUCCUGGUUGCUUAAUGCCUUCAGAGUCAAACCUAAGGUAAAACGUCUACAUCAGAGUGCUGUGGACAAAGCCUUACAGAGUCUGAAUGGACACCUGGACUUGUUCCUCCGCUUCCUCCUUGGUCUUUCACUGCAGACCAAUCAGACUCUCCUACGAGGUCUGAUGACACAGACAGGAAGUAGCUCACAGACCAAUCAGAAAACAGUUGAGUACAUCAAGAUGAAAAUCAGUGAGAAUCUGUCUGCAGAGAGAAGCAUUAAUCUGUUCCACUGUCUGAAUGAACUGAAUGAUUGUUCUCUAGUGGAGGAGAUCCAACAGUCCCUGAGUUCAGGAAGUCUCUCCACAGAUAAACUGUCUCCUGCUCAGUGGUCAGCUCUGGUCUUCAUUUUACUGUCAUCAGAAAAAGAUCUGGAUGUGUUUGACCUGAAGAAAUACUCUGCUUCAGAGGAGGCUCUUCUGAGGCUGCUGCCAGUGGCCAACGCCUCCAACAAAGCUCUGUACACUGAGUGGCUGUAA